AUGGACUUCACCCGGGCUGCUGUCCGCCUUGCCGUCCGAGAUGCCAUCCGCACCCUUGGGUCCUCUAAGGAUGGCAACUGCGUCCUGUCAGCCCUGGAGUCCCUGAAGCCCUAUCUGGGAGAAGCCCUCCCCAGAGAGAAGGAGGAGUUCGCCAGGCUCCACUUCUCCCCUCUGCUCAGGUGCCUGGUCACCAAGCUGAGCCCCGACUGGCUGGAGCUGCUGCCUGGGGACCAGCUGGAGGAGCUCUGGGCCAGCUUCUUCCUGGAAGGCCCCGCUGACCAAGCCUUCCUGGUGCUGAUGGAGGCCAUCGAGGGUGCUGCUGGCCCCAGCUACCGCCUGAUGAAGCUGGUGAGGCUGCUGGAGCAGUUCCUGCACGCCGGCAGGAUGGCGGUGCUGAUAGGGACCCAGUGCCGGCAGCAGGCGCCACCCGGCUCCUCACUGCUGCAGGACACGCUGCUCGGCAAGGUUGUGAGUCUGCCUGACCACCUGAGCAACCGCCUGCAGCACGAGAGCCCAGCCCUGUUCCUCCCCCAGAGCUACUUCCCUCUGCUCGCCGAGGAGCUCCUGCGGGCGCUGGACUCGGUGGUGGACGCGCUGCGAGGUGGCGUGGACUGCUCCGUCGUCUUUGCCUCUCAGGUGCUGGGCAAAAUCUGCGUCCAUGGGAGACAGAAGGAGCUCCUGGGUGUGCUGGUGCCCCGCCUGGCGGCGCUCGCACAGGAGGACGGGCUCUGGCAACGGGUGUGCUGGCACCUGGUGGAGCGCGUGCCUGACCGAGCUAUGGAGGCCAUGCUGCUGGGGCUUGUGCAGGCCGCCCCCGGGCCGGAGGCCUUGUCGAGAUUGUUGGGGAACGUGGUGUUGAAGAAUAAGAAGGCCCACUUUGUGAUGACCCAGAAGCUUCUGUUCUUACAGCACCGGUGCACGACACCCAUGCUGCAGAGCCUCCUGGGCUACCUGGCAUCAGACAGCCAGCGGCGCCCUCUCCUCCUGCAGGUGCUGAAGGAGCUCCUGGAGACGUGGGGCAGCAGCAGCGCCGUGAAGCACGUGCCCCUGCCCCAGCAGCACCACGUGGGCAAGGCCAUCCUUGUGUGCCUGGCACACCUGCAGGAGACGGAGCUGCAGGACAGCCACGAAGUGUUGCUGACCAGCAUGAUGGCAGGGGUGCAGAGCCACCUGGACAGCAGCCUGACGCCUGUGCGUCGCUUGGGCAUGGUGGUGGCCGAGGUCCUCAGUGCCCGCCUACACCCCGAGGGCCCGCCCCUCAAGUUCCAGUACGAGGAAGACGAGCUGACCCGAGAGCUGCUGGCCUUGGUGGCUCCCCAGCCAGUUGACGGUGGUCCCGCCGCAUCGGGCCUGUCUGCUGAGUCAGUUGCCACAGAAACCUCUGGCAAUGAGAGCGGGGACACGGGCACGUCCCCUGUGCAGCCUGAGAGAUCAGACUCCGACCUAGACAGUGACGAUGAGUUUGUCCCCUACGACAUGUCAGGGGACAAGGAGCUAAGGAGCAGCAAGGCACCUGUGUAUAUUCGGGAUUGCCUGGAAGCCCUGCGGACCUCAGAGGACUGGGAGCGCUGGGAGGCAGCGCUGCGGGCACUCGAAGGCCUGGUCUACCGCAGUCCUGCAGCCACCAGGGAGGUGAGCGUGGAGUUGGCCCAGGUGCUGCUGCACCUGGAAGAGAAAACAUGCGUGGUAGGCUUCGAAGGGCUGCGCAGAGGAGCCCUGGUCACCGUCACUGUCACAGACCCAGCCAGGGUGGCAGAGUACCUGGCGGCGCAGUUCUACGCCCUGAACUACAGCCUGCGCCAGCGCCUGGACAUCCUGGAGGUCCUGACUCUGGCUGCCCAGGAGCUGUCUCGGCCGGGGCGCAGCAGCACAGCAUCCCUGCAGUCCCCCGCAGUACCUGCUGGCCAAGGCACGCGAACCCUACCCGCCUCCCCACCCAGUGGAGAGCCACCUGCUGACUGGCGGGCAGUGGUGGAGGAGCGAGUCAGGAGCAAGACCCGGCGCCUCUCCCAGUGCCCCUUCAAGCCACCCCCAGCAUGCGGCCCCAACGAGUUCUGCGCCGUGGCCGGCUGCUUCUUCUUCCCACUCAUCCAGCGCUUUGACAGGCCUCUGGUGACCUUCGACCUUCUGGGCAAUGACCACUUGGUCCUGGGCCAGCUGACCCGCACCCUGGGGUCCCUGAUGUACUUGGCUGUGAACACCACCGUGGCUGUGCCCAUGGCCAAGGCACUGCUGGGUUUUGUGUGGGCCCUGCGCUUCCAUACCGACACCUAUGUGCGCCAGGGCCUGUUGUCCGCCAUGGCGUCUGUCCUGCUGAGCGUGCCCGCUGAGCGGCUGCUGGAGGAACUGCUGGAAGAGCUUCUGGAGGCCCGGGCUUGGCUGGCCGAUGUGGCUGAGGAGGACCCUGACGGGGACUGCAGGGCACUGGCCGUUCGGGCGCUGCUGCUCACUGAGAAGCUCAGGGACCCGCUGCUCCCUCGUCCGCCCUAGCCCCUCGCUGGGACAGCCUGUGGGACCCCGGCUUGCGGAGGCCGCCAAACCCUGGCUGCUGACCUGGGUUAGCCUCAGCCCUGGACAGAGCUGACCUAGUGCCUGCCCAGCCAGCCGAGUGGUAGGCUCAAGACCUGCAGGAACCCAGUGGUAGCCAGAGCCUGCCUACCUUGCGUACCUGGGCACUGCCGCUUAGAUCAGGGCUGGGCAGGAACCCAGAGGAUCCACAAGGGGGCACUGCUGCCCAGUCCCACACCCCUCGUGGGCCCAUGUUCCACCCGCCCUUGCCCACUGGACUCUGCAAGGGAGGUGUUGGUCACAGGAGCUCCCCCCCCAGGUUUCUGGGCUCAGGCCGCUUGGCUGGGCUGGCCCUAGUUCCGCCUGGGGAGCCUUAAGAGCCAGGGAAGGGGUGGCACACAGCCUUGGACAAAAUAUACUUUAUUGCAGUCGUA